AUGGAAAAUUCGGCUCUACAAAUUAUUCGGCCUCUUAGCGAUCUCGAAAAGGCAUACGUUAUCAGUCACAACAUGGAUUACUUUACGAACAUCUGCACGACUGUGCGAUACCAAUGCAAAAAUCUUUUUCCGUCAACAUCUAUGAAAACACUAGUUGAAUUAAAGGCCAACAUAAAGAAGAGAUUGCUCCCGGUUAUCUAUCGAGUCCUUGCCGAAUUUAUUCCCGGGGAACCAGCAUUGUCGAUUGGCAUAAAAAAUUCAAAAGCCCCCCAACCAUGUUUUGUUCAUAUUCCCACAAUCGAUCUAUCUCAACAAAUUCGCUUUAUUAUAAUACUGUCAGAUGAAGAUUUAGAGAGGAUAUUGGAAAUAGAACACGAAAAACCAUUUGACUUGUCAAGUGAAACGGCUCCGUUGUGGAGGAUGACAGUCGCUGUGCAUUCUAAGCGAAAUGAUGAGCUAUCUAUUUUAUUCUGUUGCCAUCAUUGUUUGAUGGAUAUACCCAGUUUUCUUACGAUAAAUACAUUGUUUUACAAUGCGUUAAAAAAAGUCAUGCAUGAUCUGAGUAUUGAUAACGCUAGUGGGAGUAAUAAUACGCGUAACCCUGUUGCGCACGGCAAUAUAGAUUAUAAUUUAUUGGGUAACGUAUCAUCGACGGUAAACGUUCCGUAUGCUCAGAUUUUUGAACCAUGGGAUAAGAUUAUCGAUGUCACUCCAUCGAUAAAACUAUUAGUGACGGAAUCAUUGAAGACGUUACAUUCCUCUCUCACAAAAUCCAGAUCGAAAUAUUAUGCCGGGGACUUUUAUGCAACAAAUAUUAAUAUUAAGGAUUUUCGUGUUAAAUUGAAAAUAAUGUCGCUCGAUCCGGAUGAGUUUAAAUCAUUGUUGUUAAUUUCGAAACAGCAAAACUCGACAAUUCAUGCGAUUAUUCAUACUGCCCUUUUAAUCUCAGCUCGUCACUCUCUCGUUGAUUUGGAUAGAGACAAAAAGUUAUCUACCCUGACACCGAUAUCCAUUAGACCGUACGCUUAUCCACCAAUAAACAAUACAGCCGUAGGCUUAUACGUUACUACGUAUAACUUUAUGAUUCCAGUGACUAGUCUCAAGUUGGGUUUUUGGGAUAUCACUAAAACUUACGAAUCCGAACUUGCAAAGAAUCUGCAAAGAACAAUUCAACGCACUGGCUUACAACGAUGUGCAUAUUCUUAUAAGAAUCAGGUAAAAGUAAACUCGAUGAGAAGGGAAGCAUCUCUUCUAGUGUCUAAUGCUGAUGUCUGGAUGCCUUUUGAAAGGAAUAAGCCUGUAGACGAAAAAGUAAAGAUACUAGAAAUGUUGACUUCGCAAUCGACAGCUGCCAUUGGUCCUGUUGUUACGGUCAAUAUAGCAACUUACGACAACAUACUCAAAUGCACGUUUGUACAUCAAGAAGGGGCUAUUAGGCCUAAAAAAAAGUUGAUUGAGUUUAUUCAUGGGUUCAAAAAAAUACUGGCAGUGGUUUCCAAAAAAGGUGACUGGAACGACAUUGUCAAUUAUUAG